UCACAGCUGGACUUCCGUGAACUACACUUCCCAUGGUUCUCUGCGCAGUUAAGGGUUACAUGCUGCUUUCCUCAUAGUCCGUGUUGCUGCUGCGAUAAAUGUGGUCCUUGAACGACUCCUAGCCCGGACGCCUUCGCGUGGCCCUCAAGGAUGAAGAGUAAGAUUUUCACUUGAGCUCAUAACGUAACUUCCACGCCUGUGGUUGAACAUCACAGCAGCAGAAAGCAGGAGGGGGAGGAGAAGAGGAAGAUGAUAAUGCAGCACAUCCUAACUCAUGGGACACUGUGGCGGAGGGCAGUGGUGCGCCCAUUGCUGGUGGGCGUCACUGUCCCUGAGCCAACAGUAGCAUUGUGUUGCUGUGCCCUCCGUCUGACACCACCGCCACCUACAGGCCGCCACUGGCUCUCAACCUCAGCCUCCAGCAGGGCGGCACAUCAGCCAAAACACCAGCCCCCACAAGAGGAACCACACUCCAGCUCCACACCUCCAUCACAGGAUGUCCAGAAAGGGCAAACUGUGCCUGAUGCUGUAGAGGUGGACCCUUUGCAGGACAAGUCCAUCGGCCUAUUCCAGAGGUUUAAGAAGACCUUCAAACAAUAUGGGAAGGUGAUGAUCCCUGUACAUCUGGUGACGUCCUCUGUCUGGUUUGGAACCUUCUAUUAUGCUGCUAUGAAAGGUGUGAAUGUACUGCCAUUCCUGGAGAUGAUUGGUCUACCUGAGUCAUUAGUUGGCCUUUUGAGAGACUCUUCGAGCGGCUACGCUCUGACUGCGUAUGCCAUGUACAAGAUUGCUACUCCUGCUAGAUAUACGGUAACUCUGGGCGGCACAUCAUUAUCUGUUCAGUAUCUCCGCAAGCACGGCUACUUAUCCACACCGCCGCCAGUUAAAGACUACAUCCAGGAUAAAAUGGAGGAGACAAAGGAGAAAUUUACAGAAAAGAUGGAGGAGACAAAGGGCAGAUUUUCAGAGAAAAUGGAGGAAACAAAAGAGCGCAUCUCUGAGAAAAUGGAAGAGACUAAGGACAAGUUUUCUGAGAAACUGCAGGAAACCAAAGACAGAGUCUCUGAGGGAAAAUCGUUUUUUAGAAAGAAAAACGAUUAGCAAAUCACAUUUACAGGUGGCGCCCCUGGAUAAAUAAUCCUGUUUUAAUCUUGACAAGUCAUCAUUGAAUUGGGGGCAAGUAACAGACAGCACUUCAGAGACUGUUUGGAAAGAAGAGAGAGACGUUGCACUAUCUUUGUCCUGAAAUGUCACCUCACAUCCUAGUUAUCACCUGUUGUCUAUUUAAGUGUCAGAUUCAAUCCCUCGUUGUCCAAACCCUGCCACCAUCCACUGUAAGUGUAGACUAGACAGCAGCUUAGCAGACUGCUGCCAAUGCUACAUCCUGGCUCAGUCAUCUCUGACUGGAUUUACACAGGCUCAAGUGAUCUGGACUUUAACUCUUUGUUGGCUGUUAAAAGAGGAGACUUCAUACAGGAGACUUCAUCCAUAUACAUGGGGGGGGGUAGAGCUCCAGGCUUCAUUUGCCUUUGUAAAAGCAGCAUUAAAAGAUGUAUACAGUUAAAGACUGUAUGGGAGAGAGCUGUACUAAUGCAUCUGGUUGCAACUUGAAGCUUAUGGUUAUGUGUACUAUCAACGCCUUUCUGAAGACCGGGUCUCACCUUGUGUCUUUUCUAAUGUAAUGAGAAAGAAAAAAAGUUUUCUAAUGUGUUUUUAUCUGACAGCCAAAACUAUUAUGGAGGUACAGUGGUGUGGAGGCUUUAUUUUGGUGUCUGUAACAUUUAAUGAAGUGACUGAAAGCUGUGUAUGAAAUGACAAAAUCAGAUGCAGUUUGGAGGCUGCAGUCAGUUUACAUGUGAUGAGUUAUGUCAGUCUUACAUGUAAAUGGAUACAGUGUAGUACAUACAGUAGUCUGUAUGAACAGAGGAAACUAUUACACAUGGACAUAGUAAAGUGUUGACAGUGUACCACUUUGCCAGCUGAAAUGUGUUUGGUACUUUGGUAAAUAGACAAAUGCUCUUGUCAGAAUUUCAAACAGACGUGUGGUUCAACCCACAACUGAAUAAAGUGAAAUGCUAAUCAUCAAAGUUUGUGUGCCAUGUUUGUAGGCCGUAUGAGACAACUAAGACUACUUGUGAUUGUACUUUCUGAAAGAUGAUCAGAUGCUUAUGGUAGAUA